GUAAAGCUAGAACAGGUUGGUUGUAGAUUAGAAACAUAUAGGCUGAGAUAUUCAUGUUCUUUGCUGAAAGACUAAAUCAUACGAAUGUUAACGACAAGUUCAUGGUCUCUUUUGAUAUAACAUCCUUGUUCACCAAUAUACUUCUUUUUGAAACUAUUGAUAUUAUUUGUCAGAAUGAUGAUCUCUUACCUUUAAGAGCCAUAGAAUUCAAAAAACUACUACUGAUGUGCACAACAGAUGUACAAUUCCAGUUCAAUUACACCAUACAUCGCCAAAUCGGUGACGUAGCAAUCGUAAGUCCACUAGGUCCAAUUAUGGCAGAUAUUUUUAUGGGAUAUCUUGAAAAUACUGUACUCAAACAGGCAAUUAGUGAAACAACGGAAUGCUCCAGAUAUAUGGACGACACAUUUAUUAUCUGUAACAAUGAACAGCAUUAAAUCCGUCUGCUAAAACGUUUCAAUAACGCUCACACUAACAUACAUUCCACUAUGUAGCACGAACAGAACGACAUGUUCCACUUUCUAGAUAUUACCAUAAAACGCAAAAGAGACUGAACAGUUCAAAGUUUAGUCUCCCUGAAUUUCAGUAGUUUUUGACCAAUUAGUUACAAGAAGGCAUUGCAUUAAACACUUUCAUACAGGAGUAGAGAAGUUAUGUAACACCGACAAACUGGAAGAAAAAUUAAUGAACAUAGAUAAUGGUCUAAAAUAUAACUCUAAUCCACAAAUAUAAUAAGCCCAAAGAAAGAAAGAUGGAGAUAAAUACGGUCAAUAAGAAACCAGUAUACAUAAAUCUUACAUUUAAACAUGAUAUCAUCGCACAAAUAAUAAACAGGAGACUGAACACUGCUCUGGCCAGAAAUUAUCCGGCUGCUUAACUCUUAACACUCUAUCAAACAACAUAUUCAUUUACCCAAUCAAAGAUCGACAAUCUAUUUUCAAAAUGAUGAAGCGAACUAAGUGUAUUAAAAAAUUUGAUUCUUUCCAUAAAUCCAUACUUGUUUUAGUGCAAUGAAAAUGGAAAGAAAUAGGCAAGUGAAUGAAUAUGUAAGGGAUUAUGUAAACCGUGAAAUUGAAUAUCUCCAUUACUGUACUUUGAAUUCUUACGUAUUUCAGUUCAAAUUGAAGUUACUGAUUGUGGAUAGUGAAUUUCUCAAAAAUGUUCACUCAAGUUUCUUUGAAGAUGACAUCCGCAUGUGAUGAUGUUAAGAAUGAGACCAUUAAAUCUCAUUGCAUGUAAGACAUUUAUCAUUCCAUUUGACAGA